AGCGGGUGGGGCGGAGUCUCACGUUGGAGUUGCCCUGUCAGUGCAGGUGGAGGCCCCGGCGGGGCAAAGUGGCCGGAACCUCUUAAAGGGCGAGAGCGGCGCGGAGCCAGAACGCGGUCCGGCCCGACCCGGCCCGGUCGCCGCCGCACCCAGCCCAGCAACAUCAUGACAACAGAGAAGAGUUUAGUGGCUGAGGCCGAAAACUCACAGCACCAACAAAAGGAGGAGGGCGAGGGAGCCAUAAACUCAGGCCAACAAGAACCUCAGCAGGAGGAAUCUUCUCAAACAGCAGCUGAAGGAGAUAAUCAGUGUGAACAGAAGCUAAAAGCUUCUAAUGGAGACACUCCUACACAUGAAGACUUGACCAAGCACAAGGAGCGGACAUCAGAAAGCAGAGGCCUUUCACGACUGUUCUCCUCGUUUCUUAAAAGGCCCAAAUCUCAGGUGUCCGAGGAAGAAGGCAAAGAAGUAGAGUCAGAUAAAGAAAAAGGUGAAGGAGGUCAGAAAGACAUAGAAUUUGGAACCAGUCUUGAUGAAGAGAUCAUUUUAAAGGCCCCAAUUGCAGCUCCUGAACCUGAACUCAAAACAGACCCAUCUUUGGAUCUUCAUUCAUUAAGCAGUGCCGAAACACAGCCUGCUCAGGAAGAUCUCAGAGAAGAUCCAGAUUUUGAAAUUAAGGAAGGAGAAGAACUUGAAGAGUGCUCCAAAAUAGAAGUAAAAGAAGAAAGCCCUGAAUCAAAAGCAGAAAGAGAAUUAAAAGCUUCCCAGAAAUCAAUCAGAAAACACAGGAACAUGCACUGCAAGGUUUCUUUGUUGGAUGACACAGUUUAUGAAUGUGUUGUGGAGAAACAUGCUAAGGGACAAGAUUUGCUUAAACGAGUAUGUGAGCAUCUCAAUCUUUUGGAAGAAGACUAUUUUGGUCUAGCCAUUUGGGAUAACGCAACCUCUAAGACAUGGCUGGAUUCCGCCAAAGAAAUAAAAAAGCAGGUUCGUGGUAUCCCUUGGAAUUUUACAUUUAAUGUGAAGUUUUAUCCACCUGACCCAGCACAGUUAACAGAAGAUAUAACAAGAUAUUAUUUAUGUCUUCAGCUUCGGCAGGACAUAGUUGCAGGACGUCUGCCCUGUUCCUUUGCAACCUUAGCAUUGUUAGGUUCUUACACCAUCCAGUCUGAACUGGGAGACUACGACCCAGAACUCCAUGGCGUGGAUUAUGUUAAUGAUUUUAAACUGGCCCCGAAUCAGACCAAGGAACUUGAAGAGAAGGUCAUGGAACUGCAUAAGUCAUACAGGUCUAUGACUCCAGCUCAGGCUGACUUGGAAUUUCUUGAGAAUGCCAAAAAGUUGUCUAUGUAUGGGGUUGAUCUUCAUAAAGCAAAGGACUUGGAGGGAGUAGACAUCAUCCUAGGUGUCUGCUCUAGUGGCCUUCUGGUUUACAAAGAUAAGCUGAGAAUUAACCGCUUCCCUUGGCCCAAAGUGCUAAAGAUUUCUUAUAAACGUAGCAGCUUUUUCAUCAAGAUUCGGCCUGGAGAGCAAGAACAGUAUGAAAGUACCAUUGGAUUCAAACUUCCCAGUUAUCGAGCAGCUAAGAAAUUAUGGAAAGUCUGUGUAGAACAUCACAUGUUUUUCAGAUUGACAUCUACAGACACCAUUCCCAAAAGCAAAUUUCUUGCGCUGGGAUCCAAAUUUCGAUAUAGCGGCCGGACUCAAGCUCAGACCAGGCAAGCUAGUGCUCUAAUUGACAGGCCUGCCCCACACUUUGAGCGUACAGCAAGUAAACGGGCAUCCCGGAGCCUUGAUGGAGCAGCUGUUGAUUCAGCAGACCGAAGUCCUCGGCCCACUUCUGCACCCACCAUUGCUCAGAGUCAGGUCGCAGAAGGCGGUGUCCCAGGUGCCUCUGCUAAAAAAACAGGGGUAGCUAAAGCACAGAAGGAAACAGUGAAGGCUGAAGUGAAAAAGGAAGAAGAGCCACCUGAGCAAGCUGAGCCAGAGCCCACAGAAGCAUGGAAGGUGGAAAAAUCCCACACCGAGGUGACAGUACCCACCUCAAAUGGUGACCAAACACAGAAGCUUGCAGAAAAAACUGAAGAUCUGAUAAGAAUGAGGAAGAAAAAAAGAGAAAGACUAGAUGGUGAAAACAUUUAUAUCAGACAUAGCAAUUUAAUGUUGGAGGAUUUAGACAAAAGUCAAGAGGAGAUCAAAAAACAUCAUGCCAGCAUCAGUGAGCUGAAAAAGAACUUCAUGGAGUCUGUACCAGAACCACGGCCUAGUGAAUGGGAUAAACGCUUAUCCACUCACUCCCCCUUCCGAACUCUUAACAUCAAUGGACAAAUCCCCACAGGAGAAGGAGUGAAGAAAACUUCUAUCCUUCCCUCGGAAAGAAAGGUUGGUGGGCCAGAGUCCCCUGGCUACUUUCUCCCUGAUACAUAUCACUUAGGGGUGUGCAAAGAACCAGUGUUGAACUUCCAAACUGAUCAGAGAAGGCUAGCUCAACUGAGAGAACUUAGAGCCAAGUUUUUCCUUUCAUAGAUAACAUCUGUCUUGACUAUGGAUAGCAGAAUACAGAAAUUGCAGAAGGAAGAAAAACUUCUCAAUUGGACAAUUGGGGGGAAAAAACUUUCCUUAAAAGUAUCAUUAUUAUUUAUUUGUUUUGGUGAACCUUGGAGGCACAUUAUAAACUUUUAUACUUUGUUUUUCUUUUGCAGUCUUUAAAAAUGUGUAAGAUUAAGAUUUUUAUUUCUUGAACAAAAACUAAUUACUAUACUGAAUGAAUUGUUGCCGUUUUUAAAGUCUAUAUGAAGAGAUAAGAGGAUUACUUUUUAUAUUCUACCACUCUAUUUGUAAUAAAAGUAACUUUUAUGAUGGCAAGAAGAAUGCUUCAUUAUUGGCAUUGCCCAAUUAGUGAUUGGCAGCACCAAAGUAAUAGAAAAUGACCUAAAAUUAAUAUGUGAAUAUCCUCAAAGGAAGAAUAAAUAAUAUAACUAGGGGAAAGCCAGUGAUUCCUUGAACUUUCAGUUCUAAUGUUCAUUCACUCAUAAAGGUAUCUAUUGAGCACCCUACUAUGUUACAGAAACUUUGCCAAGAUAAUUUGCCAAAAUAAAGUAAAGCUAAAAUAGUGUCUAAAAGAUCUUUCCAAAUCCUUUGCACAUCCCCAAGUAUCAUUUUUGAGCACUUUCCAUCUGUCAUUUUGUUCAUCUUAUUCUGUCUUUCUUGAUCUUCUACCGUGAAAGCAGACACAGGAACGUGCUCUGUUAGUACAGGAUGAAGAGAAAAUUAAAAGGCAAGAAAGAUCCACUGAAAGAGCCUUGCCCCAGCAAGAAAAUGAAGAAAUUCUUCCCAAGGUUUCUAUUCCAAUCCCUGAGGAUCACAAGUCUCUCAAAAAGUGCCACCUCUACUUUAGUACUUUUCCAUCUCCUCGUAUUCCUUUCAUGAUGUCUUUUCUUGUGGUCCUUGCGUUGGCUGUUUGGUGGUUGGUCUUUCUGUGAUCAGAAAACAGGGUACUCAUCUGAAAUGUCAAGACCACUGAUUGAACGUUUGUCCUUGGCUUCAACUGUGUUAUUGCUGUAUGAUGCCCUCUGAUCUUGAUAGUUCACUGUCCUAGGGGAGCUCUUGUGAUCAUUUUUCUGUCGAAUGUUACUCUUUGCAGAGUAUGCAUUGUGGGAUACAAAGGAGUAGCAAUGGACUGCCUAAAGCCAGCUUUUCUGCACUGAAGUUUAGUAAGUUUAAACAAAUCAGAAUUAAGCAUAUGGCAGGUUGGUAAUCUUCCCAAAAGCUUUAACUCUUUUAUCUUGCACGUUUACUGUUUACUAUUGUUAUGUCCUUCUAUCCAAUAUUUCACACAAACCAAGAUACUCUCUAGAUAUAUUAGAUUGAAUAUUUUCCUAAACCUCUAUAGUAAUUUGUUUGGCAUGGGCUUCAUAGUUUAAGAAAAAAUUUCAACUUGCUAACCUUUCAGAAGCCUUAAAAUGAUAACGUCUUAAUCUACAAAUCCAUAACCACUCCUUUUCUUAGGACAUUAAACCAGUAUAUACAAAAGUCUUUUCUGGAAAAGGGCUUUUGACUCCUGUGGCCUUUUUAUGAGUAUUCUGAGCUGUGCAGAAACAGCCAACUUUAUCCUGCCUGAUAUAUAGAGGAGAUCUUCAAAGAUUACAUGCCAUCUUUUCACACAGAGAGUGUUGGUAUGGUUUAAGGAAAAUGGUGCUGGUGCCCCUUAGCCUCCAGGCAGGACUGAAAUUCUCAGACUACUCUACCUAUCUUUAAAAGUCCUGGAAUACAGAUUUACUCAAGAUCCGUACAUAAAUCCUUCUCUGAAUUAAGAUACUGUGAUACUUCUUUAUGGCUUUACUAGUUAUAUAACUAGCAGCAGUAUUUAGCUAUUGCUAAGCCUAAAAUAUAUAUUGAUAUAUUUUGUUUUCCUGAUAUACUUCAGACCUGUUUGUUCUUGCACUUGCGUUGAAAUCAGUUGUUUUUAAUCAAUGGCUUUGUGAUCUAAAGUUCUGUUGUGACAAGUAUGUGUCCUCUGUUUGCAUGUUGACUUAUAAGAUUUAACUGAAGUAAAUAUGAGUACUCUCUCUCUCUUCAGGACACAACUCACAUGCCUAACCUGUUAUUUUUUUUACCUAGAUAUUGAUGAAACCUUGCAUGUUGCUUGCUUUUUAUGGCACUUGAAUGUACCGAUAUGGAUGAUUUGAUUAAUGUCUCAAAUAUUUGUUUUGAAAUCUGAGUUUAUAGGGUUAUCAGACUAAGAUUAUUAUACUUUGUCUUACUUCUCAAUGCUCUUCAGUUGAUGAAACUUCUCAACAAGACUUUUUGUUUUUGAGAAGAUGGCCUCUUAGAGCAAAAAAAGAACAGUAAAGACAAGAAUCUUUUAUCCUUCAACAUCCACCAGUAUUAUUCUCUUGUCUCUGGAGACAUGUAGAAAUAAUUAUCUGGUAUUUCCUGAAAACUGCUACUCUCAUUAUAGUCUUUCCCAAGAAAUGGAAAAAGAAGCAAGGACCAGGUUAAAAUUUAAAAGUUGUGUGUAUAUAUCUUUUAUGUCACAGGCUAUGUCUAUUUAUAAUAUAUAUUUUGUAAAUAAGCAUAUUUAUUGAUUCACUCAUAAUAAGAGAGACCUGAAAAAUUACAAAACUGUACUCUAUCUACCACAGAAAGUAAUCAUCGUAAGUACUCUCUGGGAAAUAAAGAUACAAGAGCUUUCCUUAAUGAAAUAACAAAUGGAACUAUAGAAUUGGUUAGAUUAUUUUAAAUCUUUUUUUAAGGAAUUAAAAGGAAAUAAUCAGAACUUUAUACUUUUAUAACUGUUUCAGAUUAUAAUUCCUGAAUUUCCAGUUUUCAUCCUUAUGCACAGCUUUUUAUUAAUUAUUAUUGUGAACUUCACCCUGAAUUUUGUUUCUCUUUGUAUUAGAGUUAUUCCAAGUCCAUUAAAAGUCUAAGCUAAUGAUACUUUUUAGUUUUCUGAAAUGCAGCAAGAGUCCUCGGAGAUUUUUAUUGACAAAGGAGAGGCCAUUUCUUCUAUCAAUAGGGUAAAAAUGAUUAAGAGGAGAAUGGCCAAGCCCUUGUAUUGGACAAAGCUGACCAAUGCAGGAUCAAAAGAUACCCAUCACAGUUAUCAGAGGAAAAAUAUUUGGUAUUCUAUCUUUGUAUUACCUAAAGGUAAUGUUGCCAAUAUUUGCAAUAUAAAGUGUAAAUAGGCUGGGUGUGGUGACUCAUGCCUGUAAUCCUAGCACUUCGAGAGGUUUAGGCAGGCAGAUCACCUGAGGUCAGGAGUUCGAGACCAGCCUGGGCAACAUGGUGAAACCCCGCUUCUACUAAAAAUACGAAAAUUAGCUGGGCAUGGUUGUGCACACCUGUAAUCUCAGCUAUUUGGGAGGCUGAGGCAGGAGGAUCACUUGAACCUGGGAGGCAGAGGUUAUAGUGAGCUGAGAUCAUGCCACUGUACUCCAGCCUGGGUGACAGAGUGAGAUUUCAUCUUUAAAAAAAAAAAAGCCUAAAUAGUCUUGGUUUCCUUCCUUCAUUUUCAGUACCAGAGACAGAUCCUAAUAGAUAUUGGCAUUACCUGUUACCCUGUUUCAGCUUCUUAAUGGCAAGUUGAUAAAUAAAAAAUAAUUUGGACUAAAGAUAUCUAUACAGACUAUCAUAAUAUUUUGGAUUUUUGCCUUGGCUUUGUUAUUAUUCAUUUCUAGGGUGACUCUUAAGAGGUUCACUUAACUACUUGGCACCCAGAUUUCCACCUAGUAAUGUGGAGCCAAACCUACCUCAUGACAAUGAAGAUGUAAUAAGUUCCAGGAACCAGAGACCCUGGUUGUUAUUCAAUUCUUGGUAUUUGGGGAGCUGGGAAGAUGAAAAUUUAAAAACACACAAACAUACAUUACCUUCUUUUUAUUUUGAAAGUAAGUAAAUAGCUGUGUUUAUUUCCAUCUACUCUUUAUUGAUAUUUGACCAAUCACUUUACUAAGAUGUCUUUCCAAAUUUAUCCUUCUCUUAAUAAAUUCACUUUAUCCAAAUGGCAUUAUUAGAGUGGAUCAUACUUGAAAAUAAACCAAGCAUCUGUAUUUUGGACCUAUCUUUCAGCCAGUUUCUUUUAUGCUAACCCUUGGAAUAUGAAGGAAAUAUUUUGCAUGGAUCAAAUUUUCUACUUAUUUACAUCUUCGUUAAAAGUUUUGAAGAGAAAAAUACUCUGUUGAUUAAGAUUAGACUGGGGCCAGGCACAGUGGCUCACACCUGUAAUCUCAGCACUUUGGGAGGCCAAGGUGGGUGGAUCACAAGGUUAGGAAUUCAAGACCAGACUGGCCAAUAUGGUGAAACCCCAUCUCCACUAAAAAAUACAAAAAUUAGCUGGGCAAGGUGGCUCAUGCCUGUAAUCCCAGCUACUUGGGAAGCAGAGGUAGGAGAAUUGCUUGAACCAGGACCCGGGAGGCGGAGGUUGCAGUGAGCUGAGAUUGAGCCACUGCACUCCAGCCUGUGCUACAGAGCAAGACUCCACUUCAAAAAAAAAAGGAUUAGACUGGAUAUUAUACAUGGAAUAGAUUUCCAGUUGGCAUCCUAGAACCUAGUACGUUUCUAUUAAAUAUUAUUGUAAAUUUUACUCUGAAAUUUCUUUGGGUAUAAGCCAAUUCACUUUCUCCUACUUUCCUAGGUUACUUCUAUAAUACUUCUUAUAAAUAAGCCUGUAAUACUUCCUGUAGGUAAGCAUAUAGGACACUUGAGGCAUUAGAGAAUUAAUUUAAUUAAUUUUAAGAAGGUAUUAUGGAGCAAAACUUACACGUGUACUUUACCCAGUGGUUAUGUAUUUACCAAAGGAAAACAGAAAGGGCAACAUUAAUAUGAGACAUGGUCUCGUUGUUGUUGUUGUUGUUUUGCCAAGGGUUUUGAAUAUAGUAAAGACAUAUAAAACUUUUCGACAGAGUUGCCUUCUCUUAUAUUCCUCUUCACAGAAAUUAUAAAAUCCCAAACUAUAGCAUUCUCUACAGCUUUCAAAAAGACUAUUAUAUUGUUUUUAUUAUACAUAGAAACUUCACUUUUUUUCAUAUAUUCAGAUUAAACCUGUUUGUAAUGUUGAUAUGUUGAUACUAAAAACUGAGACAACUCCUUAUUCUUAUUCUGUUUUGCGUGGCAUGUGGGAUUACCAUAUCUGCUUCCUCUAUACUUUAGUGGAUAGUAUUAAUAGACCGCGCUCAUUUCUGUUGCUGUUACUCCUCAUGACUUAGUGUCUCCUUUUAGUGCAGCAGAAUAUGACGCAUAUUGGUACAGAGCUAUGUAAGUGUACCUGAAAUGGUUAAGAAGGUAUGGUGUUAGAAUUAGAAAACCAUAUAAAGUUAGGCUAGAGGAAGAGCAGUGGCUAUGAUCAACUCAUUCAUGGAGGAUUCCAUUUGGUAAACAAAAUUCCUAUCAUCCUAGAACUUGAAAGACAAAGAUAAAGUAGUUUAUUCCCACAGAUCAGAAAUGCAGGCUAAGAGCUAAAUAACUUUAAUAAUAUUCUAACUAAAUGUAUAGAUAACAUUGUGGAGAAAAUACACUUAGGAAUUUUUUAAUCUUUUGUGAUUGAAAUACUAGGCUGAGUUUAGUUUACACCUGUAAUCCCAGCACUUUGGGAGGCCGAGGCAGGCAGAUCACCUGAGGUCAGGAGUUUGAGACCAGCCUGGCUAACAUGGUAAAACUCCAUCUCUACUAAAAAUACCAAAAAAAAAUUAGCUGGGAGUGUUAGGAUGCACCUGUAAUCCCAGCUACUCAGGAGGCUAAGGCAGGAGAAUCACUUGAACCUGGGAGGCAGAGGUUGCAGUGAGCUGAGAUCGAGCCAUUGCACUCCAGCCUGGGCGACAUGGCAAGAUUCCAUCUCAGAAAAGCCAGGCGUGGUGUCAGGCAUGUGUAAUCCCAGCUACUUGGGAGGCUGAGCUGGGAGAAUCACUUACACCCAGGAGGUGGAGGUUGUAGUGAGCUGAGAUGGCGCCACCACACUCCAGCCUGGAAAACAGCAAGACUUUGUCUCAAAAAAAAAAAGAAAUCCUAGAAGGCAGCAGUGUCUUCCCCUUUAACGUAGUCAGAAUCCUGUUUGGGAUAAAUAAUAGAAUAAAUCUGAGAUUUGAAAGACUAAAAGGUAGGGGAAAACAGAGUUCCUACUGUCUUUUCUUGUCUCAAAAUCAGCAAAGGCAAGUGAGCCUCUCGUUUUCUUAUCUACUACCUCUUUAAAGAAAAGUCUUCAUAUUUAUAAGAUCCCAUCUCAGUGAAACACAUAUAAAAAGAUUUAAGGGCAUAACAUGGCCACCAGUCAUUUUAUUCAUUCAUUUUAUUCAUCACCCACCAGCAAAGCACUCUUAUUAUAUUUUACAAGGAUGCAAAGAGUCAGCAUUAUCCGAAUUUUAGGGAUUGGAUGGGAUCCUAAUUCAACUCCUCUCUCUUCUGGUGCUUAACUCUUCUCUACAAUAUCAUUUAGAGAUUUGGAGGCCAGUCUUGCAGUCUUGUUGUUAAUACAUCUCUUUUAUUUGUGUCUUUCUCCUCAAAAUUGUUAGAUUCUCAAAGGUAAGAGGCUCUUUAGACCAAGCACGGUGGCUCAUUCCUGUAGUCCCAGCUACUGAAGAGGUUGAGGCAGGACUAUUGCUUAAGCCAGGAACUCAAGGCUGCAGUGAGUCAUGAUCACACCACUGCUCUCCAGCCUGGGUGGCACAGCAUGACCCUGUCUCUAAAAAAAUUUAAAAUAGUCUUGGCGUGGUGUCUCAUGCCUGUAGUCCCAGCACUUUGGGAGGCUGAGGCAGGCAGAUCAGGAGGUCAAGAGAUCGAAACUUUCCUGCCCAACAUGGUGAAACCUCAUCUCUACUAAAAAUACAAAAAUUAGCUGGGCAUGGUGGUGCGUACCUGUAGUCCCAACUACUCGGAAGGCUGAGGUACAACAAGAAUUGCUUGAACCUGGGAGGUGGAGAUUGCAGUGGGCUGUGAUCACGCCACUGCACUCCCACCUGGUGACAGAGACUCCAUCUCAAAAAAAGAAAAAGAAAAAUAGACCUUGAUUUUGCCAAUCUAUCACCUUUGUGUUCCAGCUACCAUGUUGUCUUAUAUAUAACAAAUAAUAUUUGUUAAACUGAAUUAAAUGAUUACUCACAGAUGGCAACUUUUCACAUAGAAUCUGUUGUACUGGCAAGUAAAUUUGUGCCAUAUGCCCAAUCAGUAUAUGCAGGUAACCCAGAAAGCCCAUAUCCAGCCCAGAAGCCACUGCCUCUCGUUAAUCCUGAAGUAUGGUCCCUGGUUUAUUCAAGGAAACUAGUAUACCCCUAUGGUAGGUGUCAGUUUCUAUUGUUAAUAUCUUGUAACUUGGUUCAAUUAAAAGGUCUUAUCCAGCUGGCCUUGGUGGCACAAACCUGUAGUCCCAGCUGCUCAGGAGGCUGAGGCAGGAGGAUCACUUGAGCCCAGGCACUCCAGUCCAGCCUGGGCAACAUGGCAAGUCCCAAUCUCAAACAAAAAAAAAAAGAAAGAAAAGAAAAGCUCUUGUGCAUUUACCACAGGUAAUAAUCAGCUAUUCUCACUCGAGAACAUAUUAUUAAGAAUAAGGUACACAUCUGUAUAAAAAAACUCAUCUUGGAUGAGUGUGAUAUCAUAAAGGGAACAUUUAUAUUUUCUAAAAUACUUUGCAGAGAGCAAUUUGAUACUUUUUUUCUUGUGUUUUACAUGAUAUAGAAACAUCAACUAUAUCAAACACUUAUGGGCUUUGAUAUAUUUGGAGCAUCAGGAAUAGAAAGUUUUUCUGUAAAGUGCCAAAUAAUAAAUAUUUUAGGCUUUGUAGGCUACAUGGUCUGUCACAACCACUCAGGUUUGCCAUUGUAGAGUGAAAGUAGCAUAGGUAACACAUAAAAUGAAUGACUUGUGAUCAUGUUCCAAUCAAACUUUAUGGACACUGAAAUUUAAAUUUCAUAUAAUCUUACAUGCUACUAAAGAUUAUUCUAUUAGUUUCCUAACCAUUUUAAAAUACAAAACCAUUCUUAGCUCAUGGCCAUACAAAAAUAAGGAGAGGGUGGCUGGGUGCAGUGGCUUAUACCUGUAAUUCCAACACUUUUGGAAACCAAGGUGGAAGAUCAUUUAAGGUCAGGAGUUUGAGACCAGCUUGGCCAACGUGGUGAAACACCACCUCUACUAAAAUUACAAAAAUUAUUAACUUCCAGUUUAAUUGAAUCAUUAAAAAAUUAAUAAUAAAAUAAAAAUACAAAAAUUAGCCAGAUAUGGUGGUGCACACCUAUAAUCCCAGCUACUCAGGAGACUGAGGCAAGAGAAUCACCUGAAUCUGGGAGGCAGAUGUUGCAGUGAGCCAAAGUUGUGCCACUGCACUCCAGCCUGGGUGAAACAGUAAGAUUCUGUCUCAAAAAAAAAAAAAAGGAGAGGGUGAGAUUUGGCCUGCUAGUUAUAGUUUGCAAACCCGAUACAGAACAGAAAAGUGGUUAAUUACUUUUGCUGCCUUUAUACUGUUUUGGAGAGUUGUAGUUAGAAUCUUAGCAUCUUCAUUCAAUGUCAAAGUAUUUUUGUCUUGUUUAUUAUUAGAAAUGGAAAACAAAAGAUGAGACGUUCAUUUCUAUUUAUCAAGCAGUCAAGGUACACCUGAACUGUAAUCUAUGUACUACUGGGCAUGGUGGUUCAUGCCUAUAGUUCCAGCAUUUUGGGAGGCUGAGGCAGGAGGAUCGUUUGAGGCCAGGAGGAUCACUUAGGUCCUGGACUUCAAGACCCAUUGCUGCCAAAAAACAUUAGCCAGGCAUGAUGGCAUGCCUGUAGUUCCAGCUACAUGGGAGCCUGAGGUAAGAAAAUCAUUUGAACCCAGGAGUUUGAGGUUGCACUGCGCUGUAAUCAUGCCACUGCACUCCACCCUGAGCAAGAGCAAGACCCUGUCUCUAUGAAAAUCAUAAUAAUAAAAAUAAAAUAUGGACCGUAACCACCACAGCACCCCAUUUCUGCCAGUUCUCCAAAUUGCACUGUGUUAAGUGUGAUCUUAUAUUCAGUGAUGGUGCUAGAGAUCCCUUUCAUUCGGUAUGUAUUUUAAGUAUCUGCCUCCAUUUCCUCCUAAGGAUCGCUCAGGCUAACCACCCUCCUUAGCUUCCCAAAGUGCUGGGAUUAUAGGUGUGAGCCACUUUCUUUAUUCCCCUUGAGGAAUAAAGAAACCACAAUUCCCAAAUUCACUGUCUCUUUAGCCAAGUUUUAAAGAUAUGUAAUGAACAUGGUAAAGAAAGUAAAACGAUUUUUUUUUUUAAGAUGGGGUUUCACCAAGUUGGUCAGGCUGGUCUUGAACUCCCAACCUCAGGUGAUCUGCCUGCCUUGGCCUCCAGAGUGCUUGGAUUACAGGCAUGAGCCACCACGCCCAGCCACGAUUUUUUUUUUUUUUUUUUUGAGACCAAGUUUCACUCUCGUUGCCCAGGCUGGAGUGCAAUGCCAUGAUCUUGGCUCACUGCAACCUCUGCCUCCUAGGUUAAAGCAAUUCUCCUGCUUCAGCCUUCAGAGUAGCUGGGAUUACAGGUGCUCACCACCAUGCUUGGCUAAGUUUUUGAAUUUUUAGUAGAGACAGGGUUUCACUAUGUUGGCCAGUCUGGUCUUGAACUCCUUACCUCAGAUGAUCCACCUGCCUCGGCCUCCCAAAGUGCUGGGAUUAUAGGCAUGAACCACCUCCCCCAGCCAGUAAAAUGAUUUUUACUCUGAGUUUUUGGUAUACUUUAGUGUUUUAAGCACUAGUAUAAAUUUAAAAUUGGAUAUCUGAUAAACAUUUUAUAAGGGUCCUUCUUUCUAGUUACUUUUCCCUUGUUGUUGUUGCUUUUUUGAAACAGAGUCUUGCUUCGUCACCCAAGCUGGAGAGCAGUUACACAGUCUCUGCUCAUGACAACCUCCACCUUCCAGGUUCAAGUGAUUUUCCUGCCUCAGCCUCCCAAAGUGCUGGGAUUACAGGCAAGAGCCACCUCGUCCAACAAGAAAUCUAUGUUGAAAGUAAUAAUUAGUGGCCAGGCAAGGUGACUCGUUCCUGUAAUAUCAGCACUUUGAGACCCUGAGGCAGGAGGAUCACCUGAUGUCAGGAGUUUGAGACCAGCCUGGUCAACAUGGGGAAACCCCAUAUCUACUAAAAGUACAAAAAAUUAGCCAGGCAUGAUUGCAUGGGCCUGUAGUUCCAGCUACUUGGGAGGCUGAGGCAGGAGAAUUGCUUGAACCUGAGUGGCAGAGGUUGCAGUUAGCCAAGAUAGUGCCAUUGUACUCCAGCCUGGGUGAUGAGCAAAACUCCAUCUUAAAAAAAAAAACAAACAAAAAUAAAGAAAAAAAGAUUUAUCUGAGGAAAUUUUCCCAAUUCAGUCUAUUUGGGCAGUAUUUACCAAUAAGUCAGAAUAAAAUAAAUCGACACUUCUUUUGGAGUGUCUUUGUUCCCUAUAUGACAUGGUUGUAUUCUGAAGAAUUCCUUGAUCUAUAGUUAGCUUGGGGAGGCAUUUUCUUUCUUUUAUUCUUUAUUUUUUUUUUGAGAGGGGUCUCACUCUGUGGCCCAGGCCGAAGUACAGUGGCAUGAUCCCAGCUCACUCCAACUUCCACCUUCCUGGUUCAAGCGAUUCUCCUGCCUCAGUCUCCCAAGUAGCUGGGAUUACAGGCACAAACCACCAUGCUCGGCUAAUUUUUGUAUUUUUAGUAAAGACAGGGUUUCACCAUUUUGGCCAAGCUGGUCUUGAACUCUGGACCUCGAGUGAUGUGCCCACCUCGGCCUCCCAAAGUGCUGGGAUUACAGGCAUGAGGCGCUCUGCUCAGUCCCCUUUUUUCUUUUUUUCAAAUAGUGUCUUGCUCUGUCAUCCAGGCUGGAGUGCAGCGGCUCUAUCACAGCUCACUGAAGCCUCGACCUUCUGGCCUCAAGCAGUCCUCCCACCUCAGCCUCCCGAGUUGCUGGGACCUCAGGUCUGUGGCUAAGAGAUGGGGUUUCACCAUGUUGCCCAGGCAGGUCUCAAACUCCUGAGCUCAGGCAAUCCACCCUCCUCAGACUCUGAAAGUGCUGGAAUUACGGGUUGUGAGCCACUGAGCCUGGUUUUGACAAGGUGCUUUCUAAUAAAUCUUAAGCACAUGUUUCUUUCAAUUCCCUUGUUCAGGAUCCUUUCGCUCUGAUACUUGGCUGAAUAAAUAAAUUAUUUAUUAACAAUUUAGCAUGAUAUUUAAGCCUAAGAAAUCUUCAGUUCCUUUGGGACAUUUUCUUUGAUAUUUUUCUUACAUUAUUUGCUCUGUUUAUGUGUAAACUUAUGAAUAAAUCUUACUUAUUGCAAAUGUGAUUCUGAUUGCUACUGAUCAUUAAGGAAGUAGAAGUCAAUAGUGCUGUCAUAGGUCUACUACUGAAAAAAUUACAGUGAACAUGUGUCUCAGCUGAUCAGCAAGAGACAGCUAUGAGCUAGACUUUCGUUUUUCCUUACAUUCACUCUUCUCUGUGGUCCAAUUGUUGCUUAGUCCUAAGACGGAGACAACCUGCUAGUGCAUUCAGUUCUCAGAAUAUUGUUUUAAAUCAGUGUUGAACUAAUUUGACUAUGCCAGGUUUUAAAAGUAAUUUUUUUCUGACCAAUUUAAUUAGUCACUACAACAGAUGUAGUUGUCACAUCUGUUAGGAACAUUUUAGUAUGAUGAAUUUGUUUUUUAUGGGCUUUUUAAAAGUACUGUACAAAUUCAUAGUUAUUAACUCUCCAGUAUUGCUACUCUAAUCUUAUUGAAGAGUGAAAAAUUGUGUGGGUGUGGGUGCCUGGGUGUAAGGAGAGCUUACUUCUGUGAUAUGCAAUCAGUCAACAGAAGGUAUAUCACUUUUAUCUCUUACUUCACCUUACCUUAACUCUCACAGCUCUAGAUUUUAUUGUAUUAUCCAGGUGAUUAUUUAAAACUAACACUUCACAUUUUAGAGUGGUCUAUUUACUAGCUCAAAGCAUGUACCUUGUGAUCUAAGUAAAAUAACUUUGUAGUAUUUUUCCAAAGCAGUGUUUAUUUUAUGAGUUUGUUAAAAAUGCUAACACAGAAAGCCAUGUUCACUAUUAAAUGAUUUUUCAAAAAGAUAAAACAUAGCUAGUUAAUAUUCA